CUGCUGCUGGGCGCGGGCGAGAGCGGCAAGUCCACCUUCCUCAAGCAGAUGCGCAUCAUCCACGGCCGCGAGUUCGACCAGAAGGCGCUGCUCGAGUUCCGAGACACCAUCUUCGACAACAUCCUCAAGGGCUCAAGGGUGCUUGUUGAUGCACGAGACAAGCUUGGCAUUCCUUGGCAGCACUCUGAAAAUGAAAAGCAUGGGAUGUUCCUGAUGGCCUUCGAGAAUAAAGCAGGGCUUCCUGUGGAGCCUGCCACCUUCCAACUGUAUGUGCCGGCUCUGAGCGCACUCUGGGGGGACUCUGGGAUCCAGGAGGCUUUCAGCCGAAGGAGCGAGUUCCAGCUGGGUGAAUCAGUGAAGUACUUCCUGGAUAACUUGGACCGGAUCGGCCAGCUGAAUUACUUCCCUAGUAAGCAAGAUAUCCUGCUGGCUAGGAAGGCCACCAAAGGAAUUGUAGAACACGACUUCAUUAUUAAAAAAAUCCCUUUUAAGAUGGUGGAUGUGGGUGGCCAGCGGUCUCAGCGCCAGAAGUGGUUCCAGUGCUUUGAUGGGAUCACAUCCAUCCUGUUCAUGGUGUCCUCAAGUGAGUUUGACCAGGUCCUCAUGGAAGACAGGUGCACCAACCGGCUGGUAGAGUCAAUGAACAUCUUUGAGACCAUAGUCAACAACAAGCUGUUCUUCAAUGUCUCCAUCAUCCUGUUCCUCAACAAGAUGGACCUCCUGGUGGAGAAAGUGAAGACAGUCAGCAUCAAGAAGCACUUCCCGGACUUCAAGGGCGACCCGCACCGGCUGGAGGACGUCCAGCGCUACCUGGUCCAGUGUUUCGACAGAAAGAGACGAAACCGCAGUAAACCCCUGUUCCACCACUUCACCACUGCCAUCGACACCGAGAAUAUCCGCUUCGUGUUCCACGCCGUGAAGGACACGAUCCUGCAGGAGAACCUGAAGGACAUCAUGCUGCAGUGAAGGAGAAAGCCCCUCAUCUUGUAGCAUCCCUGAGCAGCCCCACGGCUGCCGGCCGGGUCUCACGGGGGGGUGUGUCCAAGUGGCCUCCUCAGACCCAUGUCACCGGACACCUGGCCACACAAUGCUGUACAGCAACCAGGCCAGCAAGCAUCAGGAGAAGGACACGGGGACUCUGAUGUUAGCUACUGAAUCUGGGGACUAGUGAAACUACUGAAAACCCGAGCGAUCACCUUGGUGUUAAUCUGUAAUCCCUGAUAACAUGGCUUCCUUCUUUCUACAGAAACCCUGUUCCUUUCCUGGCACAAGGUAAUCAAGUAUUGUGUGUGUACACACACACUCGCUCUCUAAUGAUGGAAACACAGACCCAGCUGGCCUUGCAGAUGGCUUCCCUCUCUAACUUGCAUGUCUUCGCAGAAACAGACUAACCUGAAAGCUUUGCCUUGUAGUAUUUUGCAGAGAUGCAUAGCGAUGCUGCUGAGCUCAGAGCCCAAGCUGGCCCUGCAGUCCUGGCUCAGGGUCUGAGUGCCACCUCCCAAAGUGAACACACCGCCUUUACAGCUGUGCCAGUGUCCUAAGACCCCCCACUCCAGGUGUGUGAGGUUGUGCCAAGGAGCUGUGCCAGGGAACCCUGCCCCUCACUGUGAAUGACGAGAUUGGGGGCUGUGGCCCUGCCUUAAUGCCCUGGCAACAGGCCUGGCCUCGUCAGCUUGCCCAACAACAUGGCACAGAGUGAGGAUGGCCACCACCCAUGGCUCUUACUCUGUCUGGGUGCACACAGUGGUGCUUUUUAACUCCUUACCCCUCCCUCACACCCGAUGGCAAAGACACAUAAACCAAGUGGCCUUGCAGAUAACUUCUUAUUCUGACUUACGAGUCAUCUUCUGACAGGACAGUUGGCAGUAUGUAGCACCCUCUUGUUUUGGAAAUAGUAGUGUCAUCUCCCUUUCCUAGGCUUCCAGAAGCUGCAGGGAGCACUUGCAGAGCUUUUGUGAGCACCCCAGCUGCUCCAGAGUCCAUCACAGCUGACCCCUCAGGAAGCCCACAAGCCCUGGAAACCCAGGAGUCAUUGUGCUUUGCACGCCCCUCGGUCUCAUUCCUGGCAGGGCUCUCGCUUCUGUUGCUGCACACAUAGAAGCAAGCGGUGGCGAGGGUGCAAGGGUGGGCACUGUAGAAGGCUGUGCAGGUAGAUAGGAGCCGGUACAGCAUCAGCCUGUCCACUUACCUGCCAGAUGUCUCCCUGUACAUUGCCACUCCAAACUGGCCCCUCUGUUACUCUCCCAAAAGAGUCUGUCUGGGAGUGGAAGGGAGGCUUUUCCUAGCAUUUCAAGCAAGAGAGAAAUUGGCAACAGAUGCUGCAGCUCACUAACCCGUCCGAGGGCCUGUCCCAAGGCCACGCUGCUUCUGACCUUGUGUCCCAUAUGCGUCUUGCUCUUGGCUCUAUUCAGCAACCAGAUAAAUAGGAAUCUGUGACUGAUACUAGAUCAGAAGAGGAAGAGAAGCUUGCUUCUGCGUCAUCCUGUGAUCAUAACGCUUUCAUUAGGGGACAGCAGGAAACCUUUCAGUGUUCAAAGGUUUGUGUCAGUGUUUACUGGGGUUUGGGCUCUUUUCUUUGGCUGAAGAGAAGUUGCUGUUUUUGUACUGCUUCCUGUACAGCUCUUCAAGGCUGAGGGAUGUCGCUAGGGUUAGUGCCAUGUUUAAGGAAAUGAGUAGCCUGGCAGAGCCUACCAGGGUAGGCGUAUUUGGGCAUGAUGAGGGGUGGCCUGUCUACACACUGAGCUGUCCUGGCCCAGUGUGUUUUCUGUAUUUUGCAUGGUGUCUCUUAGGCUCGAGACCCAAAGGAGAGCACAAGCUGUUCCUCCCCCACACUGGGGCGUGCUCCCGGGCUGUUGGAGGCCACCAUGGCUGGUGUCCCAAGCCAGCCUCAGAGGGAAAGCUUUCCCUCUCCCAGCCUGACAUAUAUACUGUCACUCUCCAGCCCAGAAGCACAGUAAUAAUGAGAUAUGGUGACUUCUGUUUAACGAAACAGAGAGCAGGCAGGACAGCCAGAGGCCCGGGUCCUCACCGAGCUCAGUCUCUGGCCCCAGCCCCGCUAGCUGAGCCUCCACAGCCUCCUCUUCCUAAUGCGGGGGGAUUAGAGCAUCCAUCUGUAAGGACGCCCCACUCGGAACUCUGUGAGGUGUGGGAAUUGGAGAAGAGGCCUGUUUGAGGGCUAAGCUGAAAUCAGUUACAACUUUUCUACACAUAGAUUUUAGUCAUUUUUGUCUCCAAAACCUUAGGCUUUUGUAUUUUUUUAUUUUAAUUUCACUGUUACCCUUGACUAUUGUCUUUUCUUUUUUAUUGCGGAUGUUGGAGAAGCAGGAGGUAUUCAUGCCUCAUCUAUUACUGCAGAAAUAUAACAAUAAACUUUCUCAAAAUAAGACUCUUCCUCAUAGUUAUAUGGUUUAUACUAAAGAACACAGUGUAGGUCUUUACUGAUACCUAUUUUUAACUCUUGUUUGUAAAGAAAUCAAAGAUUUUGAGUCAUAGCUCCAAUUUAUAGAGCUCUCUAAUUCUUACUCUUGUAAUUUUCCAACUUUUUGAUAAAAAAUGACUACAGUUAUUUUAACUCCAUGCUCAAAAAAUUAUAUUGAAAUAAGCUGGUUACGAGUGACAGACCUGGGGGUCCUGGGACACACUCCCUCAUCUGGUGUUGUAGGACAAAGGCGUCCCUUCGGACAGUCAUCCAGAGCCAGUUGCUCACGGCUUUUACUUUGCACCUGUGCUAGCAGUGGCCAGGUAGGUCUGGCUUGAAGAUUUGAGUACCUUCGAGUACCUUUGGUCUCAGAUACUGCUUAAAAUGAAACCUUAGAUUUUCUUUGUUUAACAUAUAAUAUAACUCAGUAUUCAAAAUGAACACUAAUUUUUUAUUUUUCAGUAAAAACUCCAACCCUAAUGUCAUUUGAAGAAGGUUCACUAUUUGUCAGUCACAGCUUUCAUUUCCACAUACCAGAAAAGCCUGGUGUGUAGAAGAGCCUCAGAAAUACUGUUUUGAUUAAAGACCGUUGCCUCUGAAGUGUCUAAAAGGAGCGUGUAGCACAUAUGUGAACAUACGUGCAUGUAUGAGAAGCCCUGAGGGGGGACCCAGCAAUUGACUGGAGACCGGCAGUGCUGUGGUUGCAGCUCCCAGGUGAGAGGUGAUGUUCCCAGCCAGAGAACGAGGAGCCACUCUAACAAAGCCCAGAUGCCUCUGCUCAUUGCCACAGCUGGUAGCCAGAGCCCUCUCACACUUGCCCAGCAAGCAGGCUGCUAGAAGGAGGACUGUGUCACUCGGUGCCUUGUCUGUGUGUGGCCAGCAGGGUUUGAGCCGACCCCCGUGGGAAGGCAGAAGCAUGCCCACGACAGUCCACAAGGCCAAGAGGGCCCAUCCCUUGGGGUCUCAAUGCCUCCAUUUACGAAAGUUGAAAAAUAGUGAUUCUCAGCUCAGGGGACAGACUUGGCUCACCUGAGCAGCUUCUGUGCCUCUCAGGAUCCCUCAGACCCAGCCCUCAUCUGCGUGUCCCGGGAGGCGAGUAUACGGCAGGGUGGAGGGCCACAAGAGUAGACAGUCCUCCAGUGUCUUCUCAGGCAGGUGGAAUGCUGCAUUUGGCACGAUGACCACUGUCACUCACCAGAGAGCAGCCCCUGGCUGUGACCAACAGAACCCCAGGGGGAAGCACGCUCCUUGGGUGCAGAGAAGUCCCUGCUCACAAGCUGUUCCCAUGCCCAGGUGGGCAGCCCUGCAGAUGCCCAUUGCCAGCUUCUCUGAGGAGCCUGGGACAUACAUAGGAGCCUCAGGGGCCGGGCCCUAUGUUCCUGUCACCCUGGCAUUGGGGGGAUCGGGCCUGGGCCAGUCUGAGAGCCAAGGUUGAGGCUCCAGCCAGACGGCCACACACCUGCAUAAAGACAGUGCUGGAGAUGACUCCACAUAGCUGAUGAGAGGCCAACACAGACCUCAGCUCCAGCCCCUCCCUGAGGCUGGGCCCUGGGCCCUGGGGAGAAAUGGGUCAGUCAGAUCCAUAGGAAAAAAGUUCUUGAGUGCGGCUUGGAUGGGCCAGGAGCCGAUACUGCUGUGAAUCAUGUUUCGGGGCAGGUGGCAUGCCAGCUGGUGCCCGUAUCCCGGGAGAGUGAAGGUCUAGACUAGAAUCUGGGAGGUAACCUCAAGUGGAGCAGUGCUACUUCUGCCUCAGCAGCCAGAUUUGCAGUGUUCCACAUGCUGUCCUGAGGCAGAACAUCAGAGUGCUAGAGGUCUGUGGCCUACCCUUCAAAGCUCCCUAGAACCUGAAGCCUGCUUGUUCUCAGGAUGGUAGAGUAGGGGAUUUGAUUUCCACACUGAAGUAUUAAUGUCUGUGCAGGUGACCAGCGGCCUGAAGCCUCCCUCGGCCCCCCUUGCGCACUACCCUGAGUGCCUUAUACCCAGAACAGAUAGCUCUGCCCACCUGCACGCUGCCACCCCCACUCUGAGCUCUCAGGACAGCCAUACUUUGUGUACCUCAGACAUUGCCUACACCUUGCUGAACCAGUCCCUCAGCAAGCUAAGCUUCUCCCACACAUGAAAUUCCUAUGCAAGAACCACUCCCAGAACCCAAAAGGAGGAGCAAGAGGCCACCGGAAAUAAGUGAGCUCCAACAAAGCCUGGCAGGAUAGGUGUCCACAGGAGUUGGUGCCCAUGCACACAGAACACAGGAUAGGAAAUGAGGAAGCUCCGAAUAGACAGGUUUCCUGCCCAGAAAGCAGAGGUCAUGGGUGGCCACAGAGCCGCCUUCUGUGGGCUGAAUGAGAGUUGCCCUGACCUUUAACCCUGCGCUUGAGGUUCCUGGAUUCAGAGCCUGCAGGCCUCACCUCUGUGGGACAGUCAUCUUCUAGGGGUUGUGUUGGAAACAUGGCCUAUUCCUCACUCCACAGAGAUGGUGGAACCUAACCCAGCUCCACCCUGCAGCCACCGUCCCCAGCUGAUCUGCAAGGUCGCAGCAGUCUGAGAGCUCCGAGGCAUGUGCAAUGUGUGAGUGGCCGGCAGCACCCAUCCCCCCAAGUGGGGGUCCCCUCUUCCACCACUCACAGCCUCGGAGUAACACAGGAGGCCGCUGCCACCAGUGUCUCUCAGGUGCCCUCAGUAAGGUUGGUGCACACCAAAGGCAGACUUGGAAACUCAGAUAUCAAAAACCAAACCGGACUUGCACCUGAAAGACCAGUAAAGUCAGGUGUGAGGCUGCCCUGUUCUCCUCAGCCAUCAGGACGAUGUGCUUUUCUAGGUUCGCCUUGGGAUCAGUGGUUGGACGUUCUCACCAGCUUUUGUGAGCUGGGGCCCACAGGGUCCAGGAAAACGAAGCAUCAAGUCUGUCAGUCCCAGGAACCUCACAGAACUACCAUUUGACCUCGUACGCAAAUUGACUUAAAACCAUCUCAGUGUCCUUUAACUCCACUAGAACCAACUAAAGCCCAUCACCCUGUCCCUCUGUCCUCAGAGUUAAUGUGCCUGGUCCCACUCAGCACCACCUUGUGCCUAACCUGUCCCCCAGGGAGCCCAACCCACAUGCUGAACAGAGCUGAGGCCCUACAGAAGGGAUGAGAUGGAGAUGGCCUUGGCCCUGAAACUGCCCUGAGCCUGGCAGAGGUCUUAAACACCAAGAGGGCGUGAUGCUCUGCCAAGGGCCCCCAGGGAACAACCACCAAAACUGCCCAGGCAGGACCACUGCACUGUAACUGGUCUCCGUUUACACAUACUGUGUCUAGGCUAAGGUGAAUGUGACAAAGUGUAAAAAGUGUGUCUUACAGCCAUGGUGGUUUGUUCAACAUGUUUUGUAUAUAUGAUUUUUACAAAUUAUUAAAAUUUGCCUUAAAUUA